CACACACAUACGCAAAUUGGGACUAACAAAAUGGCGUCUAACGCUCAGCAGCAGUCGACAAUUUGUACAUACAUAGAACGACAAAAUACAAAAACAAAACAACGCACACACAAGUUGCCUUAGUAACGAUUAACAGGAUAUUGUAAUCAAAUGUUAAGACGUUGCACGUUUGGCCCAACAACAUAAAUAAUUUAUUUAUAUCUUGCACAUGAUUCGCAGCACAACUAGCCGGCCUGCAAGAUGUAUAGCCGCAAGCUGGAGCGCAUGCAUCGCCCCCCCUCGGACAUAACCAAAUAUGACAAUGAGCCGUAUAUGAAGAACCCGCUGCUCACGUUCCGCAUAUCGGAGGUGCACGAGCGGCGACAUUAUAUGUUCCUCAAGCAGCGGGCGGCCGACAUCAAGGUGAAGGUGGCAAAAAAACCGUGGGAGCCGGAGCCGGAGAUGCGACCGCUGCCGCAGGUGCACUAUAUAGACAAUUUACGCCGCGAAGUGCGCAAGAUCAUUGUGCCCCGUAUGUUGCGCAAGACGGAAGCAAAGAUUUUAAGCUUUGCCUCGGACCGACUCAAAACCAAGUAUCCCGAGUUGGUCAAGGCGUACAUGGGUGAUGUGCACGAGGAAUACGAUCGGCUCAUGAAGAUAUAUAGCAUGAAGAACAUACUGCAGCAUCCAGAGUUUGCCGAUGAGGAUCCCACAAAGUUUGAUCUGCCGCAUGCAGAUUUCCAUUCCAGCCUGCCCGGACGCUCAGCCAACUACAAAACGUAUCUGGAGAAUCGGCGUAAAAUCGCCAAAAAGCUGCUAAUCCUGCAGAUGCCCAUGCGCGUCAUACUGAGCAUCUCGGUCGCGGAACUACCCGAUUUGGCCUGUAAUUUCCAGUACGUGGGCAGCAUGGGUGCCCAGCAGCAGCAGUUGGGUCUUUGUGGACGGGAGGCCCUGUCGUACAAGUUCUAUCGCAAGUAUAUACAGAAUCAAUUGGAUAGAGUCAACACAUUUCUGCGCUGGACCUGGUACAGUCGGCUGGUGUCCGUACUGCGGCGCAUGAUGCGCAAGCGUGUCAUGCCCAUGAACGUGUGGAGGCGCGCUUGGGGCGGCCUAGAGGGGCUGAUGAAUCGGGAGGUGAACAACAUGAAGAUGCGCACAUUUGAGGAAAUGUUUCGCAUAUGCGCUAAUCCGCGCACCAUGCCCGUUUUUCGCAUGUCUUUGGGCUGGAACGAUGUGGACGACGGCCUGGACAUGCGGCCCAGUCUUUCCAAUAUUCAGAGCAUGUUUGGCGAGAUUGUCACCGAAAUCUCAAUGGUUGGCUAUCGCAUGGAGGCGCUCCAGCCGCAAGUGGACUCGCUGUCCACCUACGGUCAAGUGAACGAUUAUCUAAAGAUCGAAAUGAAUGAGAACACCGUCAAGGAUGUCAUUAACCGAGUCCAGAAAAUUAUUGUCAACACCUACACCCAACUGAUGGACUACCUCAAUGGCUAUCGUCAAAAGUAUUUUGCUCUCUACUCGGCGGACGAGCGCAACCGGCUUGCCAAAUUUCUGGAGGAGCCGCACGAGUUCGAGGAAUACUUCGCCCGCAUCGAAACCUACUACGAUUUCAUCAACAAGCUGCGCAGCGAACCGGCCACGGACUUCUUCGAGAUGGCCGUCAUUGAUAACGAGCCGGCCAUCCAGGGGCUACGUUCCAUGGCCGAGAACCUAAUUGCCAACAUUACCGCAAUUAUCAUAAGCGAGCAUAUUAAAGCCGAGGAGGAGAUAUGCGAGGAGUUCGAAAAGAUUAAGGACAGCGCUCUUUUGAUACCAAAGUCCACGGAGGAACUGCUUGAAAGCGCCGACUACAUGAUCUACGUGAAGAUGAAGAAGCUGGCAGAGCUCACGGAUCGCAUUCAAUAUUGCCUGCAAGUCGGCACCAAUAUUGUAGAGCUCACUCAGAUGUCCAAGUAUCAUUUCGAUCUGACCAUCAAGACCAUAAACUGGAUUAAGGACAUUAACGAUAUCUGCGAUUAUAACGCAUCGCAGCAGGAAUACUACAAGUUCCUCUUUGAGGAGCAUCUACAGGAAGUCGUGAAGAAGCUGAACACGGACAUUCAGGAAAUGUUGCCCAAAUUGGGUAUCAUUGAUGACAUGAGCAGGCCGGACAAGUUUCGCGAGUGCUACAUCAUACUCCAGAACUUUAUAGAUCAGCUGAAGACAUUUGAUGACUACGUGGCCUGGAUAAACAAGGAGGAGAAACUGUUCAAAAUCAACCAAACCGAAUACCCAACUCUGGAAGUCAUCAAGGGCUUUGUUUACCCAUUUGCGGACCUGAUGAAAUUGUGCAUUGAAUGGCAGCGCUAUUUGAGCGUGUGGAGGGAUGGUCCCUUUGAGUACCUGGAGCCAAAGUUCGUGGAGACGACGACGGAAGAUUAUCUGAAAGAGUUUCAAAAGAAUCAGAAAUAUUAUCGCAUUAAGAUCAAGCAGGACAUGGUUGAGGAUCCCGUUUGCAAAUUUAAGGGUCAAACCGAGGAUCCUGAUCCGGAGAAGCAUCCCGUGCCACUGCGCCUGUGCGCCACAAUGAUAAGGUCCAUCAAGGACUUUACCAUUGGCGUAUUUGUCGUGAACACGCUGUGCAAUCCGGCACUGCGCAAACGCCACUGGAAGGAGAUGUCGGAAAUAGCAGGAUUCGAUAUAACGCCGGACGCCGGCACAACGUUGCGUAAGAUUCUGAAUUCUGGUCUCGACGGCAUACUCGAUCAGUUCGAAAUUAUCAGCAUAAGCGCCAAUAAGGAGCUGCAACUGUGGAACAAUCUGCAGCUGAUGAUCAAAGAGUGGGAGAAUAAGGUCUUUCCCACCGGCCCCUACAAGGAGACAGGUGUUACAAUACUCUCCAGCAUGGACGACAUACAGGCGCUUCUGGAUGAUCACAUACUCAAGACGCUGGCCAUGCGUGGCUCGGCGUUUAUGAAGCCCUGCGAAGAGGAGGUGCGCGCCUGGUAUGAGAAAAUCAUGCGCGUCAACGAAACGCUGGAUCAGUGGGGAAAGGUUCAGGUCAAUUACCUGUACCUGCUGCCCAUAUUCUCGUCCAAGGACAUUGUUGCCCAGAUGCCAGAGGAGGGUCGCCUCUUUUCCGUAGUCGAACAAACCUACACCCGCAACAUGGGCCUGGUUAUGCGCAAUCCGCUUGUCAUGGAGACGGCGCCAACAGUAGGCCUGCUGGAGUCUCUGCAAAAGGCCAACGAAUUGCUGGAGGACAUAUCCACGGGCGUAAGCAACUAUUUGGAAAAGAAACGUUUAUAUUUUCCGCGUUUCUUCUUCCUGGCAAACGAUGAAAUGCUGGAAAUUCUGUCCGAGACCAAGGAUCCGUUGCGUGUUCAGCCGCAUCUCAGCAAAUGCUUUGAGGGCAUCAACAUACUAGAGUUCGAUGCCGGCAAAAAUGUUCUGGCCAUGUUCAGCAGCGACAAGGAGCACGUCCAGUUUAUAGAGCAGAUAUCAACGGUAGCUGCCGGUGGUAGCGUGGAGAAAUGGCUGAUUGGCGUCGAGGAUGAAAUGCUAAAGGCCGUGCGCUACGAGAGCGAGCUCUCCUUCAAUCACUAUCCCACUGUGAAGCGCAACGAGUGGGUGCUGGAGUGGCCCCAAAUGGUUGUGCUGGCCGUCUCACAAGUCUAUUGGGCCUCGCGCAUGCACAGCUGCCUGCGUCGCAGCUACGGCGGUAACCAGACCGUGAUGAACCACUUCUUCCAGGAGCUGACCAAGGAGCUCAAUGACAUUGUGACACUGGUGCGUUCGCCCGUCAUCAGCAAUCUGAACCGGAUCACCAUCAAAUCUCUGAUUGUAAUUGAUGUGCAUGCCAAGGACGUGACCGAGGAGCUGAUACGGCUGAAGAUCAGCAGCGAGUACGACUUCCAGUGGCUGGCCCAGAUGCGCUACUACUGGGAGGACUCCACGAUGCUUGUGCGCAUCAUCAAUGCGACGGUGCCCUUUGCCAACGAGUAUUUGGGCAACUCGGAUCGUCUGGUGAUCACACCGCUCACGGAUCGCUGUUAUCGCACAUUGGUGGGUGCCUAUCAGCUACAUUUAAAUGGUGCUCCGGAGGGACCCGCCGGCACGGGCAAGACAGAAACAACCAAGGAUUUGGCCAAGGCGCUAGCUGUGCAGUGCAAGGUGUUCAACUGCUCGGAUGGCUUGGACUACAAGGCGAUGGGCAAGUUCUUUAAGGGACUGGCCUCGUGUGGCGCCUGGGCAUGCUUCGAUGAGUUCAAUCGUAUCGAGCUGGAGGUGCUGUCCGUCGUGGCACAGCAGAUUCUGCUCAUCAUCCAGGCGGUACGCGCGAAUGCGACUAAGUUUAUGUUCGAGGGCACGGAGCUAACCCUGAAUCCGGCCUGUUAUGUGUGCAUUACCAUGAAUCCUGGCUACGCGGGCCGUUCCGAACUGCCCGACAAUCUGAAGGUGCUCUUUCGAUCCGUUGCCAUGAUGGUGCCCGAUUACGCCAUGAUUGGGGAGAUCUCGCUCUACUCGUACGGCUUUGUCGAUGCCCGUAAGCUGGCUGUUAAAAUCGUGACCACAUACCGACUGUGUUCCGAACAGUUGUCCAGCCAAAACCAUUACGAUUACGGCAUGCGAGCCGUAAAAACCGUGCUCUCCGCCUGCGGCAACAUUAAGAAACAGUUCCCUGACGAGGUGGAAGACAUUCUGCUGCUGCGCAGCUUGAUCGAUGUAAAUCUUCCGAAGUUUCUGUCGUUUGAUGUGCCGCUCUUUGAGGGCAUCAUUUCGGACAUCUUUCCGGGCAUCGAGCUGCCUCACAUCGACUACAGCCUAAUGGAGGCGGAGUUUCAGCGCGUCUGCAAGGAGGAAAUCCUGGAACCGGCGCCCAGCUUCCUCAUCAAAGUCAUCCAAACCUACGAGAUGAUCAUCGUGCGGCAUGGCUUCAUGCUGGUCGGCGAGCCGCUGGCAGGCAAGUCCAAGACGCUGCAGGUGCUGGCGAAGGUCUUGUCGGCACUGAAGAUAAAGGCGCCGUCCAAGAGCCCCUACUUUCAGCACGUGCAGAUGGGCAUAAUGAAUCCCAAGUCCAUAACAAUGAACCAGCUGUACGGCUCCUUUGAUCCCAUAUCCUACGAGUGGACGGACGGCCUGGUGGCCAAAAUCUUUCGAGAUUUCGCCAUGACACCGACACCAGACAGAAAAUGGGUCAUCUUUGAUGGUCCCGUGGACGCGGUUUGGAUAGAGAACAUGAAUACUGUCCUGGACGACAACAAGAAGCUGUGCCUGACCAGCGGCGAGGUGGUCACCAUGUCCAAUGAAAUGUCAAUGGUGUUUGAGGUAAUGGACCUGGCGCAGGCAUCCCCAGCUACCGUCUCGCGCUGUGGCAUGAUCUACAUGGAGCCCACAACUCUGGGCUGGCGCUCGUUUGCAAAUACCUGGCUACAGAAAGCCGAUCCCCGCUGGGCCGAUAAGGAAAACACCCAAUACAUGCUGGACAUGCUGCAAUGGCUCCUGGUGCCCUCCCUGACUUUUGUGAGGCGCUUUUGCAGUCAGUUCAUCAAGCCGGGCGAGUUUAAUUGUAUGUUAACUACAUUUGAUUUGAUAGACAUGUUGCUGGACGAGGCCAUUGAGGAGAAUCCCGACGAUUACGACAAGUACAUACUAGGCUACAUACAGGCCGCGAUGCUCUAUGGCCUGGUUUGGGGUGUGGGCGGAGUUCUCAAUACAGAAUCCCGUGAGAAGUACGACACAUACUUGCGAAGUAUAUACGAACAGGAGCCUGUGGCAUUGGGCAAAAUGGAGGUGACACCGCCCAUGGAGGGUCUCCUUGUCGACUAUGUGUUUGUCUUUAAGCAGCGCGGCACGUGGCGCUAUUGGCCCGAGAUAGCUAAGCGCAUGGAUGUGGAAGAGACCAAAACGGGUGUCAUUGUGCCCACUGUGGACACGGCUCGAUAUAUUCACCUGCUGAAAAUGCAUGUGCAGCACAAGAAACGCAUGCUGCUCGUCGGUCCGACCGGGACCGGCAAGAGCGUCUAUAUACAAAACUAUCUGAUGAACAAACUGAAUCCCGAUGAGUACGAGACUGGCUUUAUAACCUUUACCGUGAUGAUAACCGCCAAUCAGACGCAGGAGCAGAUUAUAGCCAAGCUGCAGAAGUGGAAGCGCGGCAUCUUUGGACCACCGAAGGGCAUGCAGAGCGUGCUCUUUGUGGACGACAUGAACAUGCCCGUGAAGGAAGUGUACGGUGCUCAGCCGCCACUGGAAUUGUUGCGACAGUUCUUCGACUAUGGCCAUGUGUACGAUUUGAAGGAUAGCUCCAAGAUCUAUAUAAACAAUGUUCUCAUCAUGACCGCCUGCGGCCUGCCGGGCGGCAGUCGCCAAGAUGUCUAUGCGCGCUUUCUCAACCACUUUAAUGUCUACUCCAUCAACACGUUCAGCGACGAUACCAUGUUCCGCAUCUUUCUCAAUGUGGCGCUAAACGGCUUUCGGCGCUCGGGCCACGGACAGGAUGUCUUCGUGGUGACCAAUCAGAUUGUGAGCGCCACGCAGAGCAUCUACAAGAGCGUCCAGUCCGAAGUGCGCGCCACGCCCGCCAAAUCCCAUUAUAUAUUCAAUCUGCGCGACAUUUCACGCGUUGUCACCGGCUGCACCCUGGUUCGAAAGGAGUCGGUGAAUGACAAGAAAAUGCUGAUACGCGUCUGGUACCAUGAGGCCAUGCGUGUAUUUUACGAUCGCCUCGUGGACGACAUCGAUCGCAAAUGGAUGUUCGAGAAGCUGAACGAAUGCCUCAAGUCCAACUUCAAGGACAAGGUGGAGAGCGUCUUUGAGAAGUAUGUCGCGGAACCGGAUCAGUUGUUCACAAUGGAGGUCGCCAACGAGGUGUUCUUUGGCAUGUACUUUGAUGAGGACAGCGAGCCAGACGAACGACGCUACGAGGAGGUGCCCAGCAUGGAGAUCUUUCACAAGCUGUCCGAGAACAGCCUUGAGGAUUACAACUCGACGCGUCGUUCUAAGAUGGACAUAACCCUGUUCACGUUCGCGUUGCAGCAUCUGAACCGGAUCUGCCGCAUCAUAUCCAUACAGGGCGCCAGCGCGUUGCUUAUCGGGCUGGGCGGCUCUGGGCGGCAGUCACUGACGAAGCUGGCCACCAACAUGGUGCAGACGUCCUUCUUCCAGCCGGAGAUAACCAAGAACUAUGGCGCCAAUGAAUGGCACGAUGAUAUCAAGGCCAUACUGAAAGAGGCGGGCGGCAUGAAUAAGCACACCACGUUUCUCAUCACCGAGAAUCAGAUCAAAAUGGAGCUGUUCCUGCAGGAUAUCGAUUGUCUGCUCAAUCAGGGCGAGGUGCCCAACAUCUUUCCCAUCGACGAGAAGCAAGAGGUGCUUGAGAUGGUGCGCCUCGCCGCCCAGGGUGGCAAUCGCAAUAUUGACGUCUCCCCGCUGCAGGUCUUCUCGUUCUUUGUCAAUCGCUGCAAGCAGAAGCUGCACAUAGUGCUCAGUUUCUCGCCGAUUGGCGACGCUCUGCGUACCCGGGUGCGUUUGUAUCCUUCGCUGGUGAAUUGUUGCACCAUCGAUUGGUACGACAGUUGGCCGGAGGAGGCGCUUCAGAUGAUAGCCAAAAUGUCGCUGGUCGAUGUGAACGUGCCCUCCGAAGAGAUCAAAUUGGCCAUCAUGGACACCUGCCAGUACUUUCAUACGACGGCGGCGCGUGUCACGCGCGCCUUCUGCCAGAUGUCCAAUCGCCACAUCUACCAGACAAACGCCUCCUUCAUCGAGCUGAUCCGAUCCUUUCAGACGCUUAUCGCGCGCAAGCAGGAGGAGACCAUGCUGGCCAAAAUGCGCUACAUUGGUGGAUUGGAUACGUUGGCGCAAGCGGCGGCUGCCAUUUCCAUAAUGCAGCGUGAUUUAGGUGCAUUGCAGCCCAAACUGGUAGCGCUUGCGGAGAACUCGCGCAAAAUGAUGCUGGAGAUUAACAAGGAGACGCUUGCUGCCAGCGCUGCUGCCGAGCAGGUCAAACAGGACGAGGAGGUGGCCUCCGUGCAGGCUGAGGCCGCGCAGGUACUCAAGGGCGAAUGCGAAAAGGAUUUGGCCAAGGCCAUACCCGUGCUUGAAGAUGCACUGGCCGCUCUGAACACUCUCAAACCGGCGGACAUCACACUGGUGAAGUCCAUGAAGAACCCUCCGCCGGUCAUCAAACUGGUCAUGGCGGCGGUCUGUGUGAUGAAGGGCCUGUCGCCGGAGCGCGUACCCGAUCCGUCCACCGGCAAGAUGGUCAACGAUUUUUGGGGGCCCAGCAAGCGUAUCCUGGGCGAUAUGAAUUUUCUGCCCGCCCUCAAGGAGUUCGACAAGGACAAUAUACCGGUUGAGGUAAUGAAGCGCAUACGCAAGGAGUUCAUACCCAACAAGGACUUCGAUCCUAAGGUGGUGGCCAAAGCCUCCAGCGCCGCCAAGGGUCUCUGCCAGUGGGUCAUCGCCAUGGACAUGUACGACGACGUCGCCAAGGUGGUGGCGCCCAAGAAGGCCAAGCUCGCCGCCGCCGAGAAGGAGUACGCCGACACGAUGGCCUUUCUGGCCGAGAAGCGGGCCAUGGCCGCGGCGCUGGAGGAGAAGGUGGCGCUGCUCAACAUUGAGCUGGACAAGGCGAAUGAGGAGAUGACAAAGACCGAGCAGCAUGCCGAGAAUUGCCGUAACAAGCUGAUACGCGCCGAGGCGCUGAUCGGUGGGCUCGGUGGCGAAAAGUCGCGCUGGAGCAAGGCAGCCGAUGAUCUGCAGGAUCUGUACGAUCAUCUGCCGGGCGAUGUGCUCAUCUCGUGCGGCAUUAUUGCCUAUUUGUCGGCAGUGAAUCUGCAGUACCGGGCGAACUGCGUCCAGGAUUGGUUCAAGAAAUGCAACGCCCUGCAGAUACCCUGCUCGAAGAAGUACUCGAUCACGACUGUCCUGGGCCUGGAGGUGACCAUACAGAACUGGCAGCUGGACGGCCUGCCAAACGAUGAGUUCUCCAGCGAGAACGCCAUCAUCUCGGCCAACUCGAGUCGUUACAGUCUGUUCAUCGAUCCCCAGGGCCAGGCCAACAAUUGGCUCAAAAACAUGGAGCGCAAGAAUCGCUUGAACUGCGUCAAGUUCAAUCAGAGUAACUACAUGAAAAUCAUUGCCGACGCCUUGGAGUACGGUUCGCCCGUGAUCAUUGAGAAUGUGCAGGAGGAGCUGGAGGUGCCACUGGAUCCGAUCCUAAUGCGGCAGACCUUCCUGCAGGGCGGCGUCAAGCACAUCAGCCUCGGUGAAAAUGUGGUUCCGGUCUCCCCGAACUUUCGCCUCUAUAUGACGUGUAAUUUGCGCAAUCCUCACUUCCUGCCGGAGACGUUCAACAAGGUGACGGUGAUCAAUUUCGCGCUCACCCAGAACGCUCUGAUGGACCAGCUGCUGAGCAUUGUGGUGGCCAAGGAGCGACCCGAUCUGCAGGAGCUACGCAUCAUGCUGACCACCGAAGCGGCGGCCAAUAAGGGCGCCCUUCGCGAUGCCGAGAACAUGAUCCUGAAGACCUUGACCUCUAGUGAGGGUGAUAUACUGGAGAAUGAGGCGGCCAUCCUGAUCUUAGCCGAUUCGAAGACGCUCUCCAAGGACAUCACGGAGAAACAGGAGGCAGCCAAGGAGACGUCGGCCAAAAUUGAGGCAUUCCGCCUUAACUACAAGCCCGUCGCAGUGCACUCCUCUAUACUGUAUUAUUCCAUAACCGAUUUGCCCAAUAUUGAUCCCAUGUACCAGUUCUCCCUCAACUGGUACAUCAACCUGUAUAUGUACUCCAUUGAAACGGCCAACAAAUCGAAGGAUCUGCCACGACGCAUCAAGUUUCUGGUCGAUGGAUUCACCCGGAAUCUGUACAACAACGUUUGCCGCUCCAUUUUCGAGAAGGACAAGCUGCUCUUCUCGUUCAUACUCACCGCCCGGAUUAUGCUAGGCACGGGUCAGGUCGAGAUGCGUCAUCUGUCGCAUCUGCUGACCAAUGCCAAGGAGUCCACCAACUUACCGCCCAAUCCCGAUCCCAGCUGGAUAACCGACAUCGUUUGGCUGAAUUUCCUGCGCCUAGAAGAGCUCAAGGAGCUGAGUGGAAUUGUCAACUCGUUCCGCGGAAAUUUGAGCGCAUGGCAAGCGAUCUAUGAUCAUGUCUCGCCGGAGCUGCAGCCCUUGCCGCCACCAUGGAACGACAAGACCACGGCCUUUGAGAAGAUCAUAGUACUCAAGGCGCUGCGUCCGGACUCGGUCUUCCUGGGCGUUCGCAACUUUAUAGCGAACACAAUUGGAGAUCAGUACGUGUCGCCGCCCGAAUUCGACAUAUCCAAGUCGUAUGCAGACUCCACGGCUCUUACUCCGCUGCUGUUCAUCUUGUCUCCGGGCGCUGAUCCGCUGGGCUCCCUGCUGGCAUUUGCCGAAAAAAUGGGCCAGGAGGAGUCGUUCCAGAGCAUCUCGCUUGGCCAGGGUCAGGGCCCAAUUGCGACCGCUCUCAUCAAGAAUGCUCAGGAAAUGGGCUACUGGGUUUGCCUGCAAAAUUGUCAUCUGGCCGCAUCCUGGAUGCCCACCCUGGAGUAUUUGUGGGAGAAUAUGGACACGUUUAACACGCAGGCGAACUUCCGCAUUUGGCUUACGGCGUAUCCCACGCCCCAGUUUCCGGUGACGAUCCUCCAGAACGGCGUUAAGAUGACAAACGAACCGCCGACGGGUCUGCGCGAGAAUCUGAUGCGCUCCUACAAUUCGGAGCCAAUCAAUGAUCCCGAGUUCUAUAUGGGCUGCGCCAAGCAGGAUCGCGCAUUCACACGUCUGUUGUUCGGCAUAUGCUUCUUCCAUGCCGUCGUCCAAGAACGACGCAAAUACGGCCCCUUGGGUUGGAACAUUGCAUACGGCUUCAACGAGUCCGAUCUACAGAUUUCAGUGCUCCAGCUAAGCAUGCUGCUCAACCAGUACGAGCACGUGCCGUAUGACGCCAUCUCGUAUCUGACUAGCGAGUGCAACUAUGGCGGACGAGUCACGGAUAAUUGGGACAGGCGCGCGAUUGUCACGAUUCUUGCGGACUUUUGCAAUCCGCAGGUGGUGUCCGACAACCGAUUCCGCUUUGCCGCCGACGAUCGUUACAUAUUGCCGCGUAAGACGGAGCAUCGGGAGAUUCUGCGCUAUCUAGACGAGAGCAUGCCGUCGCUGGCGCCGCCUGAGGUUUAUGGCCUGCACGCGAAUUCGGGCAUUACGCGAGACUUGCAGACGACCAAAACUCUGCUGGACUCGAUGAUUUUGCUGCUAGGCAGCGAGGCGGCGGGCACGGCGAGCGGCGGCAUUAGUCCGGAGCAAAUGGUACUCAAUACGAUUAAACAGAUCGAAACGGAAAUGCCGCCCGACAUGGACAUCGAGGCGGCUGCCGAGAAAUAUCCAGUUGAUUACAAUGAAUCAAUGAACACGGUUGUCGUUCAGGAAAUGGAACGCUUUCUGAAGCUACAGAAAGAGAUUCGCGCCUCAUGCCGCGACCUGGCCAUGGGCAUAAAGGGCAUCAUUGUGAUGACGCCCGAUUUGGAAAAUGUAAUGACCGCCAUGAAAUUCAAUCGUAUACCGCUCAAGUGGAUGAGCAAGUCCUACCCCUGUCUCAAGCCACUCGGCGCCUAUGUACAGGAUCUGUACAAGCGUCUUAAUUGGCUGCAUUUAUGGCAUCGGGUGGGCAAGCCGCCCACCUUCUGGCUGUCGGGUUUCUUUUUUACGCAGGCUUUCCUCACCGGCGCCAUGCAGAAUUAUGCCCGAAAAUAUAAAAUACCAAUUGAUACGCUCACCUUCGACUACGACGUGCUCAAGGUGGAGACAAAAAGCGUGGCGCCCGAUGACGGUGUCUACUGCAACGGCCUCUUCCUGGAGGGCGCACGCUGGCACUGGGAACAGAACAUGUUGGUUGAACAGCUGCCAAAGGUACUCAUGUACGUGAUGCCCGUCAUCUACUUCCGGCCAAUAACCCUAAUGGAGGUCACCGAGGGCACGCGUUAUCGCUGCCCGCUGUACAAGACGGGCGAGCGUAAGGGCACGCUAUCCACGACCGGACACUCCACCAACUAUGUGGUUCCGCUGCUGCUCAACACACAGAUGAAGGCCUCUCACUGGGUGAAGCGGAGCGUAGCGCUCAUCUGCCAGACCAACGAUUAAAUGAGACGUAUAUUUUAUUCAUACAAGGAGAAACAAGACACAAACAAACGCACAUUAUGUUCUUC